CAGGCAGACAAUGACGUUGAGGGACGAAUCAUUGAAACCUCGUCUGAAUCCCUGAAGAGAAAACGUACACAACAACACGUUUGAAAAGUCUCCACUCACCCACACGGGGGGGUACUGCCACAGCGUCAGCUAAAGUUGGACUUAAAUCCUAGCUUAAGCUCCUCAGUUCUUCUGGUUCUGUGGAUGUGUUGUUCAUCACAUUCUCACUAUGGAUUCUCAAACACUUGGAUCAACAUCUUGGACACAGUCACCCUCACUUUGGAUCAGAAGCUCUCAUAAGGCAUCUAUUCCUUUCUAGCAACAUCUCAUCUCUCGAUCUCUUCCCUUCAGUGGGUCAAGUUCCCCACAGCUGAUAUGGACGGGAGGACUGACGGUUGCUUACAGCCCAAAUCCUGGAUGUUUCUCUCUUUGAUUUUCCAAGGCACGAUAAGAGUUAUGUGAAAGAUGAGGAGGAGACAUUGCCACAACAUGUUGCUUCCUUCUGAAAUCAGGGAGAUACCUUCCACCUGAUUGCACAACAUAAGUCGUUUCAUCACACUCUGGAUAUUUGUGAAAUUUGCUCCUUAUUUUUUACAGAUAAGCUGCAGUGUCUGUCUCCCACUGGCCCUAACGUAGGCCUGGUUGGCCUUACAGAAGGGCCUCCUUAAGGGGCAAGACGUAGAAGACAUUUAAGAAACUUUUAUGUUCCAUAUCCUUUUGGACUAAGAGAACCCAAGAGGAGAAGACACCGGGACAGUUGGUGGUGGUGUGGCAUGGCAGCAGAGCACGGGGAGCUGCUGGGUGAGAUGGCCACAGUCGGGCGCCUGGGAGCCACCGAGCGCCUGAAGCACGCCCAGAAGCGUCGCGUUCAGCAGCUGAAGGGAUGGGCGCAGAUGGAGAAGGACUCAACGCGAGGGUCGAGAGCCAAAGCGGAUAAGAAGAAGGCACGCACCAUAAAAGUCACGUUCCCCCAGUCCAUCACGCUGCUGGAUGCUGCUGCACGCAACGACGUGGAGGAGGUGAGGGAGCUGCUAAACAACGGCGUCAGCCCAGAUCUGGUCAACGAGGAUGGACUGACAGCCCUACAUCAGCUCCACAUAGCGUCGGCUAACGGCUACGUGUCCGUGGCGGAGCUGCUGGUGGAGCACAGAGCUCAGAUGGAGGCGAGGGACUCUGACGGCUGGACGCCGCUGCACGCCGCCUCCUGCUGGGGACAGAUCCAGAUGGUGGAGCUGUUGGUGGCGCAUGGAGCCAGUUUAAAUACAAAGUCUGUGCUGGACGAGACGCCUCUGGAUGUGUGUAUGGAUGAAGAGGUCAGAGCCAAACUGAUGGACCUGAAACACAAACAUGACGCCAUCAUGAAGAGCCAGGACCGGCAGAAAGGAACGCUGCAGAGACGAGCCUCCAGCACCGGCAGCAGAGGCAAGGUGGUACGUCGCGUCAGUGUGAACGAGCGCUCCAGUCUGUACCGGCGCGAGCACCACAAAGAGGCCAUGGUGUGGCAGGAGCGCGGCCGACAGCCGGAGUCUCAGGACGAGGACGAGGACAGACAGACGGACAACGAGCUGCACCGGCACGCCACCAUGGUCGCUGGUGCCGGAGCCACGUCCCGCCUAGAGGAGCUGGAGUCUGCAGACAGGAGCGUUGUGUCCAGCCUGGGUAACGGAGGGACGUCUUUGUCUCCGGCGUCCUCUGUCCCCGGAGAGGUGUGGAGUGGAGGAGGUCUGAUGGACCGCAGCGCCUCCUACCAGCUCAGCCCCUCAGAGGGGGAGGGGGCGGACAGUAUGACUCGGGAGAAAUCUCACCAAACGCUGGCCGACCUGAAGCGCCAGCGAGCCGCCGCCAAGCUCAACAAGUACCCAGCCCCUCAACCCCCGCUGCCCCCUGCCCUGGAGGAGGAGCCUGCCGCGGAGCUGACCCCCCCUCAGGCACAGCAUGAGGUCCAGACCGCCCCCCCCCCUGCAGAGGAGCUCGCCUCCCCCAGCCAGGUGUACUUCACCCCCGCCAGCGGAGACCCUCCCCUUCUGAAACUCAGAGCGCCUGAGGAGGAGCAGUCUAACAAUAAGGAGCCCUGCUGUGGACUCAUGUAGACACACACACACACACACACACACACACACACACACACACACACACACACA